AUCAUUUGGUACAGAUAUCAUGAAAUUAUUUUAUCUCAUUCUUCAUCUGCGAUAGUAAUUUUAUUAUUUUAAUAUAAAUAGUAGAAUAAAAUAAUUUUAAAAUUAAAUAAUACCUUAUAGUAAAUAUAAAAUAAAAUUAAUUCAAAAUUUUAUCCCAAAUUAUUUUGCUUAUUCCUUUUUUGCUUAUUCCUUCCGCAAACGACCCUUCAGGGAUAGUAUCCAACUUUCCCCCAACAAAUGUAAAAUAAAAUAAGGCUAAAGGCAGUUGAGAGAGAGAGAGAGAAAUAGGAUAACAGAAACUCCAUAUUUUGUGCGUUGUUCUCUAGUUGCACGUCUUAAGAGAAGAAGAACAGAGAUGGCAACAGGGCUGAAAGCACUGCCUUUUUCAUUUGGGGCACACUUUCUUGCCUUAAUUGCUGCUAUUAUGGUCUUAGUUUGGUGUAUUCACUUUAGGGGUGGCUUGGCUUGGGAAGCUGAAAACAAAAAUCUCAUCUUUAAUAUUCACCCGGUAUUGAUGCUUAUUGGCUUCAUUAUACUUGGGGGAGAAGCCAUCAUGAGUUACAAAUCUUUCCCCCUGGAGAAGCAGGUGAAGAAAAAAAUACAUCUAGUUUUACAUGCUAUCGCCCUCAUACUUGGAAUAAUUGGAAUCUAUACCGCAUUCAAAAAUCACAAUGAAAGCAACAUUCCCAACAUGUACAGUUUACAUUCCUGGGUUGGAAUAGGAGCUAUUACUCUUUACGGCAUUCAGAGCCCAUGUCUAAGGCAAUCUCAUGGCGAGUGGGCAAACUUGCAGAGUGUAGUUUUACAAGAGGGUCGGCCAAUGAGAGCCAACCCUUUGUGUUUCCACAAAUUAUGUCGGCCAUAUGUCUUGAUAGCCAUACAGCACUCACCGCAAAGUGGAUUUAUGGCUUUGUGGUGUUCUUCUACCCUGGAGGUAGUUCUGAAAUCAGACGCCAUUCACUUCCCUGGCAUGUGCUUUUUGGAAUGUUUGUAUAUGUCGCAGCUGUUGCAAAUGCCUGUUUAGGAUUCCUUGAGAAGCUCACAUUCCUGGAAGUCAAUGGUUUGGAAAAAUAUGGUUCUGAGGCCUUCCUAGUUAACUUUACCGCCAUUGCUACAGUUCUGUAUGGGGUCUUUGUGUUUCUGACUAUUCUUUCUGAGGCUCCCACUUCGGAUGAUCAUAGUUACACAGCCAUCUCUUGAAUUCCACUAAGCUAUUGUUGCAUAUCGCGUGAACUAGCAGAACUCUUACUAGUGCCUUUCUACCUUCCAUACUUUGAUCAUCUUGUAUUAUUUUGUUCAAUCAUGUACCUCUUUGUAUAGUAAAGUAAGACUCAGUUCUCUGUAUUAUUGUAAUCAUGAUAAGCAGAAUCUUGAUGUGUGUAUGUUAUUAAUGGGAGCUAAGAUUUGUAUGUAGAUUAUUGUGGUGGGAGGCCUUGAAAACUUUGGGUACUUCUGCCCAAAUUUAUUCUACUAGUUGUCUGGGUGACUGGAAUUGCUUCAACCAA